CGGCUCCGAGCAGGACCCCGAGUGCCGUGCAGCAGCUAGGCCGCUGCUCACUGACCUCUACCAGGCCACCAUGGCGCUGGGCUACUGGCGCGCGGGGCGGGCGCGGGAGGUGGCCGAGUUCGAACUCUUCUUUCGCCGCUGCCCGUUCGGCGGCGCCUUCACCCUGGCUGCAGGGCUGCGCGACUGCGUGCGGUUCCUGCGCACUUUCCGCCUGAGGAACGCAGAUGUUCAGUUUCUGGCCUCAGUGCUGCCUCCGGACACUGAGCCGGCCUUCUUCGAGCACCUGCGGGCCCUGGACUGCUCCGAGGUGACCGUGCGGGCUCUGCCUGAGGGUUCGCUCGCCUUGCCAGGUGUGCCGCUGCUGCAGGUGUCCGGGCCUCUCCUAGUGGUGCAGCUACUGGAGACGCCGCUACUCUGCCUGGUCAGCUAUGCCAGCCUCAUUGCCACCAAUGCAGCGCGGCUUCGCCUGAUCGCAGGGCCGAAGAAACGGCUGCUGGAGAUGGGACUGAGGCGCGCCCAAGGUCCGGACGGGGGGCUCACGGCUUCCACCUACAGCUACCUGGGUGGCUUCGACGCCACCAGCAAUGUGCUGGCCGGCCAGUUGCGGGGCGUGCCAGUGGCCGGAACUCUGGCACACUCCUUCAUCACUUCCUUUGUGGGCACUGAGGUGCCACCUGACCCGAUGCUGGCCCCGGCCACUGGUGAGGGCCCGAGGGUAGACCUGACUGUCCAGGUGGAGGUGUGGCUAGAGCGUGUGUGUACCCACCUGGGGCUGGGGGUGCAGGAGCCACACCGGGGGGAGCGGGCAGCCUUUGUGGCCUAUGCCUUGGCCUUCCCCCGGGCCUUCCAGGGUCUGCUGGAUUCCUACUGUGUGCAUAGGAGUGGUCUCCCCAACUUCCUGGCCGUGGCCCUGGCCCUGGGGACACUGGGCUACCAUGCUGCAGGCGUGCGCCUGGACAGUGGGGAUCUGCUUCAGCAGGCCCAGGAGGUUCGAGGAGUCCUGCGGGCCACUGCUGCCCAGUUCCAGGUGCCCUGGCUGGAGUCAGUCCUCAUUGCUGUCAGUAACAACAUAGAGGAGGAGGAGCUGGCCCGGCUGGCCCAGGAGGACAGUGAGGUGGACAUCAUUGGUAUUGGUACCAGCCUGGUCACCUGCCCCCGGCAGCCUUCCCUGGGCUGUGUCUACAAGGUGAGCUGGUGGCUGUGGGGGGCCAGCCCCGGAUGAAGCUGACCGAGGACACAGAGAAGCUGACCCUUCCUGGAGUUAAGGCCGCCUUCCGUCUCCUGAGUUCAGACGGGUGUCUGCUGUUGGACUUGCUGCAGCUGGCCGAAGAGCCACCACCCCAGGCUGGGAGGGAGCUGAAGGUGUGG